AUGCCUCCAAAACGAAAACAGCGAUCUGACGAUGGCCCCGACCAGCAAGAAGGAGAACAUGAUCGCAAGAGAUUCGCAAUAUUGAAACCUCGGACUCGGCAUAUCGCCGAACGUACAAUUAAAACAAAAUGGACCACGCUACCUGAUUCUGUUCAAGGGAUGAUCAAAGACCUUUUCCGAUCGAUCGAGCGGCCUGUUGUUAUGAGACAUCGCGACGAAAGGAAGCGUAUCGAAGCCCAAACGGCGGUUGUGGCAGUCAGAAAAAAUUUAGGGAGACGGUUACCUCGAAUGCCAUUCCCGCCUGGUACCAAAGACGCCGAUUUCGACUACGAAGCGGCAUUGGAUGAGAAUCGUGCCUUGGAACUUCAAUUGGCUGCGGUUGUUAAUUCUGCGGAUUUGUUAAGAGCAGAGAUCACCCGGGAGGAAGCUCAUCUAGCAGAAGACAAAGCGCAACUCGAGGAGCUGGAAAAGAAUGCGAGAGCAGCGCAAACAGAAAGGAAGCGACAGACAAGAAAUGCUCAUCCAGUCAUCCGGCACCUGGAACGACUUGGACAGCAAAGCGACGGGAGUACAUCCCUCACCUUUACCGGACUGAAGAAUAACAGGGGUAUGCUGUGUGAGAUUGAUACCGACUCAGAACUCUAUCCUUUGAUUAAGCAGCUUCGCAGCCAUCUCGAAUCGAUGCAAAAUAAUGUCACCCAGAUUGCGGGCCUUAGAGAAGCCAUCAUUCGUGCCCAAUCAUGCUUAGAUCUUCUUCCCCUAGGGUGA